UGAAAAUGUCCGUCUCCGUCUAAUGAAAUGAUACGUUUUAUCUUUAUUUUGUGACUAUAAUAAUCGUGACUUGCAAUGUUGAAUAUUUUCUUUGGGAGUGUAUAGAAUCCUAAAGUUUUAUAACAUCAUCAAAAUGAUCGUCCAAGAACCUAUACAGGUUAUCAUUUGGGAUUGUUUGAACAAUUAUGAAUUUGACAACGCUAUAUUCUUGGCUGAAAGACUACAUGCUGAAGUUGGAUCAGAAGAAACAGCUUUCCUUUUGGGAACAUGUUACUACAGAUGUGCGCGGCUCAACGAGGCUCAUCACUUGCUACAAAGUAUACCACUGACCAUACCCCAGGCGAGGUUCCUCCUUGCCAAGUGCUCUAUAGAAUUGAAAAAUUACAAAGAUGCAGAAGUGGUAUUGGGAUCCAACAUUGAGAUUGUGGCAUCUGAAUUUGGGGAACAGGCUCCAUAUGCACUGCAACUCCUUGCCCACAUCUUCAACAUCACAGAGAGGAGAAGUAAAGCGACAGAUGCAUUACGGAAGGCUCUUUCACUUAACCCAUUCAUGUGGAGCUCUUUUGCAGACUUGUGUAAUUUAGGUGAGAAAGUAGAUCCACAUCAAGUAUUCCAAAUGAAUAACACUGACUUUUCAUUUGGUGUGACCACAUUUGUGAAUCUAGUCAACAAUUCGGAAAAUAUUUCAUUUGUUAAUAGCAACAUUCCUAAUAAUACUAGUAUCAGUAUGAAUACCAAUGUGACUCCAAUGAAUAAUGUGGCUCCUCGGAGUCCGAUGACCAUGUCCACCAGCAUCACACCUGAGACGCAAGCCCCUGUGAAACGCAUGCACAGUGUUUUUAGUGGACUAGCACCAAUACAAUUUUCCCCCUCAUUUGGUAUGUUACCGAUGGAAGAAUCUCCUGUAGCAUUGUAUACUCCCACUCUCACUGACUCAAAUGAGCAAAAAGCAAUACCUAAAAUAGUAAACUCCUUAAGAGCACAAAUGGGACAGUUAAAAGAUGCAGUGUUCAGCCCUACGCCUAGAUGUACAUUAGGCCCAGCACCUCGGCGGUCUUCGAGGCUAUUCAGCAACAACAGUAGUUAUUCAGUCAAAGAGAAUAAUAAAUCCCCUAGCAGAAAGUUUGUAGCACCCAAAAGUCCGUCAAGAAAAAACAAGCAGCGGACUGCUAAAAACAACAUCAAAGCCAAUACUGUGGAAACUAAUGACAGGACCAAAUCUAUAGAAACUGUAACACCCACUCUUACGCCAAAGAGCUCAAAUGGAGUAGCAUUAUUAAAUUUAAUGAGAGAGUUAGGAGAUGCUUACAAAGCAUUAGCAUUCCUAGAUUGUAAAAAUGCUAUCAAACUAUUUCAAGGCAUACCUGCUAAACAAUUAGCAUCACCAUGGGUUCAGACUAUGAUUGCUCGGGCACAUUAUGAGAUGGCUCAGUAUGAAGCUGCGGCCAAAGUAUUUGCAGAAAUCAGGAAAACUCAUCCUUGUCGGACAGAAGGAAUGGAUAUUUAUAGUACUUGCCUGUGGCAUUUGCAACGGGAAGCACAGUUGUCUGCAUUGGCUCAAGAGUUAGUAGAAAUGGAUAGGAGUGAUCCCAUUGCCUGGUUGGUAACUGGCAACUGCUUCUCUCUUCAUAAAGAACGAGAAACUGCUCUUAAAUUCUUCAAAAGAGCUGUUCAAAUGGACCCAUAUGCAUCUUACGCCCAUGCUCUACUAGGACAUGAGUAUGCAGUAGCGGAAGAAACUGAUAAAGCACUUGCAAGCUUUAGAACUGCAGUCAGUAUUGAUCCCCGGAAUUAUGUAGCGUGGUUUGGUAUAGCGACAGUAUAUGCGCGACAGGAGCGUUGGAAAGCGUCAGAAGUUCACAUACGGCGAGCAUUGACCAUUCAUCCCCACUCGGGAGUCUUAAGAUGUCAACUAGGACUCGCUCAGGCAGCUUUAGGUAAGAUGGACAGAGCCCUCUCAACACUAGAACGGGCCGUGCAACUGGACACAGAUAACCCCUUGUGCAGGUUCCACAGAGCGUCGGUCUUGCUGCGCGCUGGAAGACCGCAAGAUGCAUUGGCAGAUUUACAUCAUUUGAAAGACAUAGCCCCAAGAGAAUCAUUAGUAUAUUAUUUACUUGGGAAGGUUCAUAACGAGCUUGGCAACAAGCACUUAGCACUUAUGCAUUUCAGCUGGGCGACAGAUUUAGACCCGAAAGGCACAGGAGGCCACAUUAAAGAAGGCUUUGACCCAUCAAAGCAGGAUGACCCGCCAGAGAGAUCGACUUAGUUCUCUGAGGUGAUGAACACUGAGAAGCAGUGAGCGCCGUUGGGCGCCGCGUUGACUGAUCCAUGUAAAUAUCGCGCUCACCGUUCGAGCUCUUAUCGACACCAAAUCUUCCAAAUAUAGCUUUAUGGAGCUCGAUAGGUGUGUGGUGGCAUUUAGCUGCUAUAGUAGUAAGGGCGUAUCUGGAUUUGUUUAUAUGUAUAGAAUAAGUUGUGGAUAUUCCUAAUGUCAUCCUAGAUUAUGUAACUUGUAUAGCAAAUUGAACUCCUAAAGUAUGCAUAGAAUUUAUAAAUGAUGCUUUUGAAAGAUCCAAGAGAUUCAGGGCCUUGAUCUCAAAUGAAGUAAAUUCGACGCUGUAUAAAAUAUUUUUUAUUUAUUAAUGCCAUAAAAAUUCGUGAUACUGUUAACCGAGUGCUACAACCGUGUUUGGGGUUUGUGUAUCUUCUUUUGUACAAAGGCAGAGUGGGGUGAUACCAGGCCCCUAUUUCAUCAAAUGACUAUUGUCUGAUAUCGAAAAUUUACAAACCGUAAUUUACUGGUCCCAGAAAGAAACAUGGACACAUUUAUAGUCUUUAGUUUAUGAGCUAAGCCUGGAAGUGGCUUCCAUUCGGUAAACACAAUAUUGAAUAGAUUCUAUGGACAAGCUCGGAGGGCUUACCGCGAACCGUUCGCCGUGUUGCGUGACGCACUUGUAAAUUCUUACGUAGGUGAUAGUAAGGCAAAUCGAACGUGGCAGUAGACCUCAGUUCAAAAACUAAAGACAACUUACCGAUAUGAACCCAGAAAUGUACACGAACGUACCAGUACCAGACAAGUUGGUGAAAUAGGUGCCAGCUCAUGUAGUUUGUAGAAAUUCUUAUGUCGAGAACCGCUGGCGGUGUUCCAAUGUAUGUCUAAUGCUAAUUACGCUCCUAACUAUAAGUAUUUAUAUUCUGAAUUGUUUGAGCUAUGCAUGUAGACAUUAUUGCCACGAGAAGGUGUCAAACUCACUGUGAACCCUACUUUCUGUUUUAGCGUUUUCUAACCUGGGGGUAAUUACCACCGUAGGGGUAAAACUGGUAUUUUAAGGGGGUAAAAAACUAAUCAAAGAUAACGCAAGGACCUAAAUAUAAGACAUGCAGGAGAAAGUCAAAUUCCUUAGCGAACGAGUGACAGUACUAAAAAGGUUGGGAACCGCUGACUUGUUACGAAAUAUGGUUUUGCAUACAUUUUAAAAAUGUGUUCAAUAGAUACUGACUUGAGAGAGGACAUAAGAUUAUUCAGAUUUCAAAUACGACUCUGUUCCGAUUCAAUAUUAUUUAAAUUUCAUCGAACUGAAUAAGUAAUAUUAUAGGUAGGGCCUUGGUCCUUAAGAGGUCAUGACUACCCCUGACCAACUGUUAUAUAAAUUGUAUGGACUACGUUUAUCUGACAUUAUUAUUACGUUACGUACGAAUAGCCAUACUUUUGACUUAAGUUUAAUUUUCAAAGUAGUAUUCCGACAUUUUGUACGCCUAAGUCGCUUCUGCUGCUGACUGUACCAAACUGAUUGUAACGUACAGUCGGUACCAAAGUAACAAGUAUUCAAUAGUCAAGUAAAACAAAAAGUGGGCGUACCAGUGAGUAGGACUUAAAGCUCGGCCACACAUGCGUGUUUUGAGAGCGUAGGCGGAGCGCUAUGAUAGCGGUGCGCGGACGCCAGCGGGAACUAACUCCGCUAACGCUACGCUGUCAAAACGCUUUAUGUGUGGCGGAGGUUUUAUAAGCACAAUGCACAGAGUGGAAUGCAGAGACGAAGGGUUACGAGGGGACUAAGAAAUAAGCUUGUGUAGAAACUUGAUCAGAUGGCCCAGGAACCAAUUUAAAAUCAACUUGUUCGAAAACAGAAGGUUGCCAGCAUCUUAGUUCAUAGUGCAUUAAAUCAUUUUCGUGUAUUCUCCUUGUGUUUGUACAAUAACAAUUAACUAUAGCACUGUUUGUCAUUUAAAUCACUGACAGGCUUUAUUUAAACCACCUCUAAUUAUGUGUAUGAAUUAAAAUAAAUAGAACUGAUGUAAUAUUAA